AUGUCCGCCGAAUGGGUAGACCGCUGUCUGGGCGGAUACUUUCAGUUUCUGGCCCUGCGUUGCAGCUACUCCAAGCGUCGCGCGGGUCGCCUGCUGAGCAACCUCUACCUGAUGCUGGUGAUCCUUGAUCUGGUGGGACAGAUGAGAAGCUAUGCCCAUGGUCAAGAGCCCAUGGUCGAUCGAAUGCUCUUCUUUCCCAAGGCCAUUCAGGCCGUGAAUGUGUUCUACAAGCUGGUCCAUGCCCUGAUUGCCCUCUUUGCAUUGAUCGGAUGCCAGCGGGAGCGUCGUCUGUUGGAACAGCUGCCACCCACACAUGCCACACCGGCGAUCUAUCGACAAGUGGCCCUGGAGCUCCUGAUGGUUGUGUACGCACUGUGGAUUUCUUUUUUCGACUACCUGAACGCCGGCCAGAUCCUUGAGAACCUGCGCUAUGUCUUCAGCUCUCAAGCGGUGCGCGCCCGCUACCUGCAGAUGCUCCUCCUGGUCGGACGCCUCCAGGCACAGCUUGAGCAACUGCAGCGCCAGUUCAUCGAUUGCUCUCUGGACGACUACCAGGAGCUGCGCUCCUCGUAUGCCCACCUGGCACGGCUGUGCCGCUCUCUGUCGCAGCUCUAUGGCCCGUCGCUGCUCCUGCUAAAUGUCCUCGUUCUGGGCGACUGCCUCAUAGUCUGCAACGUGUACUUCAUGGUGGAGCAUCUGGAGGCAGUGCCUGCCACAUGGCUAGUCCUCUGGCAGGCCGUCUACAUUGUGGUGCCCACCCUUGUGAAGAUCUGGACGGUGUGCGCCGCCUGUGAUCGCUUUGUGGUGGGGUCGAAAAUUCUGCGACAACAAUUAAGCGACAGGCGCGGCAGGACGUCCGAGGAACGCAGCCAAAUCGAGGAGUUCGUCCUGCAAAUCAUGCAGGAUACCCUGCAGUUCAAUGUCUGUGGCAUCUACCAUCUGAAUCUGCAAACUCUGGCUUCGAUGUUCUUCUUCAUAUUGGAAGUUCUGGUCAUAUUUCUGCAAUUUGUGUCGGUCAUUCGUUGA